GCAGUCAAGCCGGCAGAUGUCCACCAUGCGCUCCGCUCAGAUCUUCUCCUCUGCCCUCUCCGAGAUGCAGAAGUUCUACGGGAUCACAGUCACUGGUGUCCUGGAUGAGGAGACCAAAAUGUGGAUGAAGCGUCCCCGUUGUGGGGUCCCAGACCAGUUUGGUGUCCAGAUGAAGUCCAAUAUGCGGCGGAAGCGAUACGCGCUCACGGGGCGGCGCUGGAGCCAGAACCAUCUCACCUUCAGCAUCCAGAACUACACGGAGAAGCUGGGCCGGUACCACUCGUACGAGGCCAUCCGCCAGGCCUUCCGGGUGUGGGAGAAGGCCACGCCGCUGGUUUUCCAGGAGGUGCCUUACGAGGACAUCCGGCUCAAGCGGAAGAAAGAGGCUGACAUCAUGGUGCUCUUUGCCUCCGGCUUCCACGGAGACAGCUCCCCCUUCGACGGCGUCGGGGGCUUUCUGGCCCACGCCUACUUCCCUGGCCCGGGCAUGGGAGGGGACACGCACUUCGACUCGGAUGAGCCCUGGACGCUGGAGAACACGGACGUGUCUGGGAACAACCUUUUCUUGGUGGCCGUGCACGAGCUGGGACACUCGCUGGGCCUGGAGCACUCCAGCAACCCCAGCGCUAUCAUGGCCCCCUUCUACCAGUGGAUGGACACGGAGAACUUCCAGCUGCCCGAGGACGAUCUCAAGGGCAUCCAGCAGCUGUACGGUACUGCAGAUGGGCGCCCUCAGCCCACCAAGCCCUUGCCCACCGUGACGCCCCGGAGACCCGGCAGACCUGACCAGAGACCCCCCAAGCCGCCCCCGCCGGGCAAACCAGAGAGGCCCCCCAAACCCGGCGGCCCAGACCGGCCUGACCAGUAUGGUCCCGACAUCUGCGACGGGAACUUCGACACAGUGGCGGGGCUGCGGGGGGGGGGCGGUCGAUGGUUCUGGAGGGUUCGGCACAACCGGGUGCUGGACAACUACCCCAUGCCCAUUGGGCACUUCUGGCGGGGCCUGCCUGGGGACAUCGAUGCCGCCUAUGAGAGGCACGACGGGAGAUUUGUCUUCUUUAAAGGGGACCGGUACUGGCUUUUCCGAGAAGCCAACCUGGAGCCCGGCUACCCGCAACCCCUGAGCAGCUACGGGCAGGGCAUCCCCUACGACAGCAUCGACACCGCUAUCUGGUGGGAGCCCACGGGGCACACGUUCUUCUUCCGCGGGGACAGAUAUUGGCGCUUUAACGAGGACACCCGCUCGGUGGACCCCGGCUACCCGAAGCCCAUCUCCGUGUGGGUGGGCAUCCCCCCCUCGCCCAAGGGUGCCUUUCUCAGCUCGGAUGCUGCCUCGACCUACUUCUACCGCGGCACAAAGUACUGGAAGUUCGACAACGAGCGGCUCAAGACGGAGCCGGGCUAUCCCAAAUCCAUCCUGCGGGACUUCAUGGGCUGCCACACAGAGCUGCUCCCCGACCCCAACCCCCGAUGGCCCGACGUGGACCGGCCGCCCUUCAACCCCGAUGGGGACGGAGGCGAGAGAAACGCCGAUGAGGACAAGGCGGAGGAGGAAGAGGAGGAGUGGGAGGAGGAUUACGGCGUGGGCGGCCCCGGAGCGGGCGGCGACGUGGACGUGGUGGUGCACAUCGACGAGUACGCGCGCACCAUGAGCGUCGUCAUGGUGCUGGUGCUGCUGGUGCUGCUGCUCUGCAUCCUCGGCCUCAUCUAUGUCAUCGUGCAGAUGCAGCGCAAGGGAGCGCCCCGCAUGCUCCUCUACUGCAAGCGCUCCCUGCAGGAGUGGGUCUGAGCCCCCCGGCCC